UAUGCAACCAAAACUGCACAAUAACCUUCAAUGGCUACAUACUUUGUGGAAACUUUGAAUGCCAAAGGCGAGAAAAGCCCGGAAAACUCUGGAAGUACAUCGUUAUCCACCACAGGGAAAAUUCUCAUAGGUGUGACAGGAGGCAUAGCAUUAGGACUAUCUGUAGUAUGCGCGUCUUUUGUAAGUCCAGCAUUCCGCCGAGUAUGCCUCCCUUACAUCCCAGCAACCGAACAGCAAGUCCUCAACGUCUUCAACGCAUUAAAGACCAAACAUCGACAUGGUCUACUCAUUGAUCUGGGCUCGGGCGAUGGCCGCAUUGUGUUUGAAGCCGCCAAACACAAUUUUCAACCACAUGGAGUAGAACUCAACACAUGGCUGGUUGCCUACUCAAAACUAUCAGCAUUCUUAAAUCGCGCCGCAAACCCCACCGUUGCAUUCUACCAGAAAGACUUGUGGAAAUUCCCUUUGGGAGCCUAUGACAACGUGGUGAUAUUCGGCGUGGAGCAAAUGAUGCACGAGCUGGAAGCUAAAUUGCAUCGGGAAUGCAAGCCUGGCUGCCAUAUUGUCGCAUGCAGGUUUCCAUUACCGGGGAUGAAACCGGAAAUCACAGUUGGCAGCGGCGUAGACACGGUCUGGCUGUACAAAAUCCCGAAUAAAAUUAGCUAAAAGGCACACACACACACACACACAUGCUAUGCAGUUGGAAAUAGUUUAAUCUUUUUGAUAAUUGCAUUCACUAUUAGAAGUUAAUCAUACAAUAUAUUAGCGAGUCAAAUACCUAGACGCGUUCAAGUGUUAAAAUCGAUGUGACUGUCCUCAGUUACCUUCUAUAAUAAAUCUAUGUGUUUAUAAAAGAUAAA